AGAUCCAAAGUACUAUUUCCCAUUUCCACUUUAGCAUUUUCAGAAGUGUUUAGAGAGAGAAAUUAAUUAAUAGUUAGACACAGAAAUAUUAGAGAGAGAAUGAGAUCCUUAGGUCAGGAUCAGAAUAUUAUCUUUGAGUUUCACAAAGCUGGGAACAACAACAACAAUAGCAAUCGUGUUAAUGGAGCUAAUCGUGUCAAUUCUUCUUCUUCUUCUCACCACCAUAGAACAGCUUUGGGAAAAUCAACACCGUCAAAAUGGGAUGACGCGCAGAAAUGGCUAGUGGGGUUUUCAUCAAGAGAGAAACUUGUCAAAGGUGGGCAGUCCAAGACUAGCAAGCCCAGAAACUCAAACGCGGAUGAUCUGAGACUCAUAGCUUCUGUGCCGCAAAAGGAACAAGAGUACUACUCAAGUGAAGAAGGUGAUCAUGAAGAAGAAGAAAAUGGGGAGAAUAAUGAUAAUGUAGAGACGAAAAAUGUUGAUGGGCAAGAGUUAGUAUGGCGAAUCAACAAGCCAGCAGUACUAAAUAACAACAACAAUGGCGUCUCAACCGGCAGUAGUACUACAGUGGUGAGAUCAAUAUGCGUUAGGGACAUGGGCACGGAUAUGACCCCCAUUGCGAGCCAAGAGCCUUCUAGGACCGCCACCCCGCUGAGGGCCACGACGCCUGCGGCGAGGAGCCCGAUUUCAUCGGGAUCUUCGACUCCGGUGCGGUGUCAGCAGCACCGGAGUGCUGAAGGACACCAGGGGUGUGGAAAUAGUAGUGGUAAUGGUAACAAUAAUAACGGUUCAACAAGAAGGUAUAAUGCGGAAGAAUUAUCAGGUGAUUGCAAGGGACAGAGUUUGGAUCAGGGUGGGAAUAAUAAGCUGAAUCCAUUGGAGACCCGGGCGGUGGCUUGGGAUGAGGCUGAGCGUGCCAAGUACAUGGCAAGGUAUAAGCGUGAAGAGAUGAAGAUCCAAGCAUGGGAAAAUCAUGAGAAGAGGAAGGCUGAGAUGGAAAUGAGGAAAAUGGAGGUGAAGGCGGAGAGAAUCAAAGCUCGGGCAGAAGAGAAGUUGGCAAACAAGCUUGCAGCAACUAGGAGAAUAGCCGAAGAAAAGCGUGCAAAUGCGGAGGCCGAACUUAAUGAGAAAGCUGUAAGAACUUCUGAAAGAGCAGAUUAUAUCAGAAGAACUGGUCACAUGCCCUCCUCAUUCUCCUUCAAGUUACCUUCCCUUUGCUGGUAGCUGA